AUGUCACCGCCAGAACAAACCGAUAACGCGGUGCUCUCGCUGCACCCGACCGGGUCCAGUUUGAUCUUGUUGACGACAACUGAAAAGUUUCGUGCAUGUGCACCUAGAGACCGCGCAGGCGCUAUUGUCAAACUCUUGAAUCGGUCUGAAUCACCUGACACAGGAACUUGUCGACAUGUCCGCACGAUGAGAAACCCUAAGCUCGUUGUCCCGAGAAGACGACGAAAAUCCACGCCGGAGGUCCGUGAUUCUGUCCCACCGGAAGACUUCGAGGUGGAUGGCAACUCAAGAGACCAUCUCGACAAUGAAGCGCCGGCGGCCGCUACCUCCGCGAGGACCACACAAUUCCCCACAAGCCUCAUGGCGAUGUACACGGGAAUCGCAAAUUCAACAUACCAACCACCUAGGCACCUACCACAAGCUACAACCUGGGGUCGGACUCGGAAAGAUCGAGGUUUUAGAGGAGGGGCAAUUCCGUCAAUUCCCAGAAAGAGUAAAGGGCGAGACAAUCUCGGCCGUGUUCCUCGCGGCCGCGGGCGGGCAGCAGCGCCCGACAACCCGCUAUCAUCCGUGCACGUUCAAACGCCUUCAAAUCUCCCCAGCGCCCGACAACAGGCUGCAGAAGAGUGCACAUCUGUUCUCGAGUUGGAUACCGAGCAUACUGGAGCUCUCAUGCUACGUGCCCAGACUCUUGUCACUCUAAAAGAUUACCAGUCGGCUCUAUUUGAUGUGAACCGGCUAAUUGAGAUAAAUCCAUCCUCUGAAGUAUAUCGGAACCUUCAUGCGCGACUGAAGACACAGCUGUCACUAGCUCCGAUUCCAGAGUCUGAAGAGGAGUCCCUGUAUACUGAAGAAGACAAAGAAGAUCUGACACCAAAAGAGAAUACAAAGAAUGAGACUGUCGUUGUUAAGUCUGAUCAACCUUCUGCAAAACUGAUUCUUGAAAAUAAACCUGUAACAAAAGCUCUGAAGGUUGAAGUGCCUCCCAAUCUGCCUUCUAAACCCGAGGGUGGGGUAACCGUACAAAAACCAAAGGGCCAUUCAGAGCUUGAUUACAAGAAACCUUUAACAGAAGCUCCGAAGGUUCAAGUGUCUCCCAGUCUGCCUUCAAAACCCGAGUGUUGGGGCACCAUCCAAAAACCGAAGGGCCAUUCCGGGCUUGAUUACUCGAAAUGGGACAAAGUUGAGGAUGAUUCGAGUGAAGAUGACGAGGAUGAUGACGAAGAUGACUUGCCUCGGUAUAAAUUCAAAGUCAGAACCAUUGGUGUGCGUACCGUGAAGUGA